CGUGCACCUGCACCUGCUCUGGUCGUGUGGGUGGAGAGGUCGGGCGCCCGCAGCAUAGCCGCCGCGCCCCAAGAAACCAAACCAGCUCCCUCCUCACCCGCCGCCGCCGCCGCCGCCGCCCCGCUCGCGCUCCUCCCUCCGGCGGCCGGCGCCCCGCGCCCCUUCCCGGCGGCCACGCGCUGCCACCGGCGACCGUGAGCGGGAGCCCGCGCCGCGCCGAGCCGACGACGACCCGGCUGACCUAGCACCGCUGGAUCCACAUCCCCUUCGGUACCAGGGCUUGGUCGCACGCUCCAUUUGGAUCUGACCGGGUACAGGAAAGAAGUCAAGCAAGCCAGGCCCCAAAUCCCACCACAUCCCAACCACUUCGCCACCGCCGCCGUUCUUCUGCCGGAGCCUACAAAAAGAGUGGUUGAUCUCCUCUGCCCGCCACCAUAGAUCUAGCCAGGGUAACACCCCUUGUGUUGAUACUUGUUGUAUGUGCUGAUUUUGGUGGUCUCCUGUGACCCAGCGGGAGUCGAAGUGCUUGACAGCGAGGAUGCCUGGUCUAGCUUUACCUAAUCAUGAUGCAGCGAACAAUGGGUUCAGUUACCCCAGGUCCACAGAACAGACGUGUGGUCAGAAGUCAAGAGCUCAGCUAUCUCCAGAUGAUGAACUUUCCGCUAAGGAAAGUUUAGCAUUAUACUGCAAGCCAGUUGAGCUGUACAAUAUUAUUCGACAAAGAGCCAUUAAAAAGCCCCCUUCGCUUCAAAGAUGCCUUCGGUAUAAGAUAGAAGCAAAACGAAAAAAGAGGAUUCAGAUAUCAGUAUCGAUUUCUGGAAGCACAAAUACUCGAUUGCCAGCACAUGGUAUCUUUCCUCUCCAUGUUCUGUUAGCUAGAUCUAGUAAUGAUGCUCCAGGUGAAGGGCAUUCUCCAAUGUAUCGGUUCAGCCGGGCUUGUGUCCUGACUUCCUUCUGUGAAUCUGGAGACAGUGGCCACACUGAAGCCACAUUCACCAUCCCCAAUAUGAAGAGUUUAUCAACCUCCCAAGUUCGCAGCCUUGACAUUAUCCUUAUUAGCCGUGGCCAAGGUGGGCAAAAUCUUAGUGAAAACUGCUCAGAGAACCAUGCGGAGUAUUCUUCUCCUCAAAAGCUUGGAGGCCAAUGUUUCUGGGGUAAAAUACCAAUUGAUUCACUUGGUUCGUCUCUGGAUUCUGUAACUUUAAGUUUGGGGCAUACUGUGGAAUUAACUUCAGAAAUAAGUAUGAACCCAGGUUUCAUAGAGCCAUCACUUCUUGAGCAUGACAGUUGUUUGACAUUUUGUUCUCUAAAGGCAAAUGCUACAGGUUCAUAUAAACUAAAAGCAAGCAUAGAUGUACAAGAGGCUGGUGCAAGAGACAUGCGUUUAUCUCCUUACAAUAUUUACUCAUAUGAUCAUGUCCCACAGUCGUUACUACCAAAAAUCAUAAGGUUACGAACAGGCAAUGUGCUCUUUAACUACAAGUACUACAAAAAUUUGUACAAAAGCGAAGUUACAGAAGACUUUACUUGCUCUUUUUGCUUGGUACCAUGUGGAAGCUUCAAGGGUCUGGAAUGUCAUUUAACCUCGUCGCAUGACCUAUUCCGCUACGAGUUCUGGGUAUCUAAAGAGUACCAAGCUGUUAAUGUUAGUCUGAAGAUUGAUACCAGGAGAGAAGAGCUUCUGACUGUUGCAGGAAAUGAUCCAGGCAGUAGAGUAUUUUUCUACCGAUCAUCAAGGUUUAAAAGGUGUAAAAUAUCAGAAACGACAACUGAUAAAACGAAGGAUGUAUAUCCACAUAUCACGGAAUUAGGAUCAGCUGGAAUGACCGUGCCUGUGGACCAAGAUAUUGUGGAACCAAGAUCACCACGAAAUACAGUUCCUCCACCUGCACAAACGACUGAAUCAGGAUCGUCGAAAGAUGCCCAGGACGGGUCUGUGGUGGAUUAUGUCCCAAAGGAAAAUGGAAUCAAUGUACCAGAACGAACAGCUCUACAGUCUGAUAGGGCAAGGAAGCUCCUGGUUGAUCUAGAUGACCCCAGUCAUGCGCUGCUGAAAAAACGCGAGUUCUUCCAUUCUCAGAAGGCACAGAGAAUGGAGCUGGAUGUACUUUACUCAGAUCAUGACAGUGAAGACGAACUUGAUCAUGACAUCGCUGACUUCGAAGAUAGGACGCUGCUUGGUGGUUUUUCUGAUGUUGCAGAAGAGGAGAAGCGUAUCAUGCAUAUGUGGAAUUCGUUUAAGCGGAGACAGAGGAUAUUAGCUGAUGGUCAUGUACCUUGGGCUUGCGAGGCAUUCACCCAUCAGCAUGGACAGGAACUCGUGCAGAACCCUAGACUACGAUGGUGCUGGCGGGUCCUUAUGAUCAAGCUCUGGAACCACGGCCUGCUGAACGGCCGCACCAUGAACAUCUGCAACAAACAUCUUGAGGUCUUGGAAAGCCAACGCGCCGACCCCAAGCAAUCUUGACUUGGCAGGAAACAUUGGGCAGGUUGAGCAGGGCUGGUCCUCGGUUCCCGCCGACGGUCCAGGCGCCAAUGCUUGUGGCGUGGUGGGGCAACAUGACACACUUCGAUUUCUGGCAUCCUCGUCGAGGCUCGCAGAGCUACACCCGAGGGCAUGAUGAUCUCUUACAUUGGGGAUUAAAUUGGGUUGGCCGAAUCGGCAAAUGUUGUUGUUCUAUUUGGAUUAUUAUUUUCAUUUCUUA